CAAUUAGACAAUUCGGCGGGUAGUUGAUCAACAAAAUCAAAACAAAAUGGAUUGUAUAGAUUUAGAGAGGGAUAGUUCUGUCAGUCCACAGAAAAGAAUUGAUCGAAGUGAUAGUGAUGACUCCCCUGUAAAAUCUAAAUCGAACAGAAGACGUGGACUGGCAGCGAGACUGAAGACUAACAAAACUUUAGAAAUCAAGGAAGUGUCAGAUCAUGCUACAGUCUAUUCAACAAAAGUAUCUAAGUUAUUUGGAAGCUUUGAAGAUACUUCUGGUUCCCUGUCUGUAAAUUCUAUGAUGAAACAAGAGUCCUUCAAAAAGAAACAAGCAGAAACGUCUGUUGUGGAAGGAAAUACCCAAGAUGGAGUUAUUCCUCUUCAGAAUGGUGAUGAUAUUUGUGAGGGCGAUCAUGAUGUUAUACCACUAGAACUGGAAGAUGAUGAGGAUUUUCCUUCAACACCAAAAAUGGCAAAGACCACAGCUUACCUUGUCAAAUCACCAACCCCUCCACCACCACCGUCACCACCAACUGGUUUAGCUAUACAGCAUAAGAAGAAAAGGAUGUCAAAGGCUCUUAAAAAUGCCAUAAGAAACAUAUGUGAUGCCAAGGAACACUUAAUAACAGAAGAAAGGGUACGAGGACCAGAUGACCAGGAAGUAGUUUGUUUAGAAGACGAUAAUGGUGAAGAUACUUUGACUGUCAGAAUUAAAUAUGGUUCCAAAACAUACAGAUAUCCAAUGAAAAAGGGUGAAUUGUUUAAAAGAGUGAUAAUGGAAGUUGCCAGUAAACUGGAUGUUAACAGUAACAAAAUACUAUUUUUGUUAAAUGAUAGAACAGUCCAUUCCCAUGAUUCACCAAAGAGUUUGGGAUUACAGGUUGCAGAUAUUUUAUAUUGUCAUGUAAGUAAAGAAGAUAGAUCAAUUCUAGAUGACAGUUCAUGCACAUUUGAAUUGACUGAUAGCAUACAGUUAUUUGUUCAGAGUAAAAUGAGUAAACACAAAGAAGAAUACACAAUAUCAAAGAACCAGCCUUUAGAUGCCAUUCUAAGAAAGUAUUCCAUAAAGACAAACACUGACAUUACAAAACUGCGAUUUCAAUUUGAUGGUGAAGACUUAUCAGUGGACGAUACUCCCAAUGAUUUAGAUUUAGAAGAUGGCUAUUGUUUGGAUAUCAUACAUUUGACUUGAGAUUCUCGGAGCUAUAUAUAUAUUAUCUCAGGAAAAACUAGGCUAGAGGCUGUUCAUCAAAACUAAUCGUAUUUACCUUUUCCAGUUGGAAUCAAGAAUAAAAUACUUAUUUGUGAAAACUGAUCUAAUUUAGGAGAUAAUUCAACAUUUAAAAUUCAUUUGAAAAGAGUGCAAUUUUCCCUUCAUAAAACAUGCGUCAAUUAUUGAUGCAUUACUUAAAAUGGAAGAAGGAAUUAAAUGGAAAAAGAUUGAAGUAAUUGUUGUCACUAUAUUGGAUGAAUGUAUACUUCACACUUGUCUCUAGUUAUGUUAACAGCUAAAGGAUAGCCAUAUAUGACAAUGAUUGACAGGCUUUCUAAUCAAAUGUUAGGAUGUUUAAUGUGAUAGUUUAAUCUUUUCCAAAUCAAAUGUACAUGUAUGUUAGUGCUUGUAAAUUGAACUGCAAAUAAAAUAUAUAGUUAGUAAAAUAUUAUUUUCUAAUCAAAUAUUCAGAUGAUCAUUAAAGAGGAUAUUAAUUAUAUUUUCAAUCAAAUGUACAGAUAUUCUUGUAUAUUACAUUGAAACUGUUAGAAUUGCAAGUACAAAAAGCUGUGCAUCCAUUUAUUCUACCGGUAUGAUUUAAAUCACAUAUCUAAAGCAUAAUUUGUGUUUUGUUUGUCAUGUCUUUGGUAUAUAUUGUUAAAAACAAUGUAAAGCAGGAUAUACAAGUUCUUUGUAUAUAUAUACAUACAGCCUUCAGGGUUGUCAACAAUUUAAUGGAAAUUGAUGCAAAAAUGUAAUAUUUAACAUCAAUCUAGUUUAUAUUAGACCAAAAAAUUAGUAUUCAUUUAAACUUAUUGAAAAAAUAAAAGAAAAUAUCACUAUU